GUCAACAAAAACAAAUCUCGCGGAGAUCUUCAAGUUCUGCGAUUUGCUAAAUGUUUGAGGAUGAUUUUGUUUUAAAAAUCAGUGAAAAUUCGGGCGUUUAGUGCAAACGAUGGAUUUCUACGCCACCAUUUGUCGGCUGUGUGAGGCGUCGGACAAGCUGUGCGAAAAGUGGUUGGACCCGUUCGCCGCCGGGAACGAGAGCUUGCUGGGGAAGAUCCGAACCUGCACAAGUGUGGAGCUCUCCCGCUCGGACGCGCUUCCAAAGCGCAUCUGCGUACGGUGCCAGAAAUCGUUGGACCAGGCGCACAACUUCCGCCUCCAGUGCUCCAUCAGCGAUGCCAAGCUGCGCCACGAGAUCCAGUUCCUGGAGCAGAACCACUGGAAUCCCCAGCUAACGAUUCCCCCGUUCAUCCCCCAGGAUGUCAAAGUGGAAGAGUCGCGUGAACUCGCGCGGCCAGAAUCACCCUCGCUAACGGUGCCAAUGUUCAUCAAGUCGGAACAACCCGAGCUGGAGGACGAGCAGGAGUUUGUACCGUCCAAGGUCGAGCUAGAGUGGCAUUCGGAGGAGGAGGAAAUUCUGGACGACGGUGACGGGAGCUUUUCCGAAAAAUCUGACUCGGCGGAGGACACGGAAAACGACUCGGAGGAUGAAAAAGAUCAGGCUCGAAAGAGCACCAAACCCCGCUCGACGAUCUGCGAAACUUGCGGCGAACAGUUCGAACGACCGGCGCUGAUGUACGCCCACGUGAAUGCUGUCCACGGCAAGAAGCGUUUCGCGUGCGAGCUCUGUCCAAAGACGUUUGCGCGCAAGUCCCGCCUCACGGAUCACGCAAUGCAGCACGCCGGCCUGCGCCAGUUCGAGUGCGGCCAAUGUGACAAAAAAUACACCACCCAGCAGGGCCUGAAAACGCACACCGAAGACGUCCACUCGGACAACCUGCCGUACGUGUGUGACAAGUGCGGCCGGGGCUUUUCCAAGGAGGGACGUCUUCGGCACCACUACAGCAUGCACAUCGAGUCGAGGAACUUUGUGUGUGGCGUUUGUGCGAAGGGAUUCAAGACGCAGGCGCACCUGAAUCUGCACGCGAACACCCAUCUGCCGCAGGACGAGAAGAAGAAGCGGAAGCGACGGAACCGUCAGCGGACGUGCAUCUGUCCGUUCUGUGGGAAGGUUUCGAACUCGGCGGGCACGCACGAUAUGCACGUGAGGACGCACACGGGUGAACAACGCUACGAGUGUCACAUCUGCGGAAAACGGUUCACCUCGUCCGGCUCGCACAAAAAGCACCUCCGCGUCCACUCGGGUGAGAAACCGUUCGUUUGCGAGUAUUGCCAGAAGCCGUUCCGCCAGAAGCACCACAUGACGACGCACAUCCGCGGCGUCCACACCAACGAAAAGCCCUACCAGUGUCGGUUCUGCUCGCGGGGUUUCGCCACCCGGGGCAACAUGCAGCUGCACGAGCGAAGUCACGGCGGUGGACCGGAAGCACCCACCAUGAAGCAGGAACUGGUCAGCGGCUCGAUGGAGGUAAGUAUGACCGGGAGCAACAGUCCGCAGGCGUCUCCGCUGGUCACGGAAGCGCCGUCGCCGAUGAUGAAUCCGGGCGUGAUGGUGAUGCAUCAGCAGCCACCGCCGGACAUGUACUUUCACAGUCAAACGCCGUAGAAUAGAAGUUGGGAUGGAUGGAA